GUUUCCUCGCGACCGUCGUGUGCUUGGACUGACAGUUCGUUCGCUCCCGGUGUAGCCGUUAGCUCGGUGGCUUUACUACCGGCUGUUUGAAUGGUUUAGCGACGGAAAGCAAAGCGCAACUGGGGUGCGAGUAUUAUAAAACUCGAGUUAGGCUCCAGUGAAAAGGAGAAACAGAAGCCACACUGCCCAGGAGUGAGAUAAGCUUCAACACACUGAUCCAACUCUGCUGAAGCUGAAGGCCACAUCUCUCCCAACACCAGACGUCGCUGCACCCACUCCAGAAUCCAAUCCAAAUCCAAGGAAACUGCAAGUACGAAGCUGAGUGAGUGUGGGAGAAAGUCGGAGAAGGAACAAGAGAAAGAGAGCGAGAGAAAGAGGCCAUGGAGCAUCAGAGACAGAGAACUCUCUCCACAUCAGGAGAAUCGCUGUACGUCGUGCUCGGAGUCGACAAGAAUGCCACAUCGGAGGACAUCAAGAAAUGUUACAGGAAACUGGCAUUGAAGUUCCACCCAGAUAAAAACCCGGACAACCCAGAAGCAGCUGAAAAGUUUAAGGAAAUCAACAACGCCCACUCCAUCCUGGUCGACACCACCAAGAAGAACAUCUACGACAAAUAUGGCUCACUUGGGCUCUACGUAGCAGAACAGUUCGGAGAGGAGAACGUCAACACCUACUUCGUUCUGUCCAGCUGGUGGGCGAAGGCCUUGUUUGUCUUCUGCUGCCUGGCCACAGGUUGUUACUUUUGCUGUUGCCUGUGUUGCUGCUGUAACUGUUGCUGCGGUAAAUGUAAACCACGGCCGCCCAUGGACCAGGACCCCGAGUUCUAUGUCUCCCCCGAGGACCUCGAGGCGCAGAUGACUGCUGAUGAAAGAGAUGGCGGCGAGCCCAUCGUGAUGCAGCCGUCUUCAGCCACAGAAACCACCCAGCUCACCUCUGAUGCCCACCACAGCUACAAGACCGAUGCAUACUAGACACACAUUUCCACAGCUCGCACCUACAGUUAACCACACAGCAACACACACACACACGCACACACACACACACACACACGCACACACAUACGACAGGCUCUACCACAAUCACAGGGCUCAUGCAUAUGUUGCACACUUUCACAUUUUCUAACAUGGUUCAUCUGUUUUGUUCACCCUCUACAUGCAGAAACAAACAUACAAAAAAAAAACACAGCCAAGCAAAAACUACUGACCAUGACAAUUAGAAUGAGCUCAACCCAGAUGUUUCUGUCUCUCUUUUUUUGUUGUUGUUGUUGAACUGAGGUAAAAUGAGGGAAGAAGGAGGGACGAAACCUGGAGGAGAAAGACAAAAACACAAACAUUGAAUCAAAGUUUCAACUCUGGAUUAGUGGAAUUAGACACAAGAGAUCCUGUGUGUUUCUUUUCAGACAGACUUUGCAGUUGUACUUUACACAGUAAUAUAAGCUGUAACAUUUCAGUUUUUUUCUCUCAUCUUAGAAUAUCAGGAGACAGCAAAUGAAACAGAGACACACAAACUGUUUCAAAGCAGGGUGUUGACAAGGUUUCAGUAAUGACCAUGUACAAACAUGCAGAUGAAAAACAACUGAUUAGAAGUUUCAUUUACCGAGUUUGAGAAGUGGGCAAGAGUGCGUCUAAAUUUAGAAGUGACCGCAAUGCUUUUUUUUUCAUGUGGAGCAAAUUGUACGAUUGAUGUCUAAUACAUUAAAACUUAAUUCCCACUCAUUACAGUUUAUGCUUCGAUCUAUAUGCUCUACAGUUGGCACAGACCAUUCACACGUAGCGCAACGUUUAUGAUGUGUUCUGUGCGUGCAUGUAUGCUUCGACCAUAUUGCUGCCAAAUAUUCUUAAUACAUCAAGCAGACAUCCAGUGUGGUGUAAUGAAGUGAUUGACUCGACGAUCUGCUUUCUGAAUCGUUAUUCUUGACAGCACUGCUUUGCGUAGUUCAGCCGGAGUGGGAAAGUUCAGAGGGUUCUGUUAUUUACCAAAUGACACAAUCUGUGCCAUUCCUCUGGAAAGCAGAUAGAACGACUCCUUCUGUUUUUAGAGUUGCUUACUCUGAUAAAUGGUUUGAUUUUGGCCAUUUUUCAAAUAUGUUGAUGAUAUUUAGUGUUAAGAGGGUUACAAAAAAUUCAGAUUUUGUUGUUUCUGAAGUUUUUUUUUUUUCUGCUGGUAUCAACAUUUUCCAUUCAGCUUGCUGGGAAAGACUUCUGUCAGCUCUAUUCUGGCUGGAAGUAGGUCAGUGAUCCUGUAUGUUCAGUGAGGAGCUGAUAGGACCGGGUGGGACGGGGGUGUUUAUUUGUCCUCAAUACCCUCCUGAACAUUACCGCAGGAGCCCUGCUCAGUGUGGAGGGGGGCAGCUCACACUUAAACAGGUGCCGCUCUGGCUCACUUCUUUUUUUAAACUGGCCAGAACAAUUAAAUCAGUUCAAGAUCUGAGCUAAUGAUUGUUGGUAAAUGUGGCACGCAGUCACCCGUAGCACGUCAGCUUUCCCGGGAAUGUUAUGUUCCGCGAUUAGCCACACGGGAGGUCAGACAAAACAGAAAUGCGUUCAGAUUCUAACGUGGUCCUUGUGGGAACACUGGAAACACUGCAGCUGCUGGGACUGAAUCUGAACCAGCUUUGGCACACGCAAUCAUGACAGAUAGCUGCAAAUCAGCACCAGCCGGCCGACCAGCAAAUGCUAAUUGCAUCUGUUGUGCUUCUCUGCUGAAUCACACACCAGUCCUCAUCAAUUAGUCAUAUAGUUGUUGAAACUGCUGCAUCUGUUUCUCACUAAUUAAUUCUUAAUUAAGGCUUUACUGCAGGUCCUCCUCCUCUUCCUCGCUUCUUCUUUCUUCCUCUUCUUAGUUACUUUUUUCCCUUAAUGUUCAACCUCAUAUCACUUUUUCUACCACAUAUGCAGGAUUUGGCUCCCUGGUUCACACUGAAAGCUGUGGGAGCCACAGCCAGAGUCCAGUGUUAUUAAUAGAGACAUUACAUUAACUACACGCUUGCAUUACAUACACACUUAUUGAGCCCCUUUUUGGUUUGUUUUUAGUUUUCGAUUUGUUUUGUGAGAAAGUAACAAUGCUGUACAUGUCGUGUAAAGUGUAAGUUUAGAUUUCCCUGUAUUAACUAACUUUUUUUGUUUUGUUUUGUUUUCCUCUAUCUGUCUCUAGAUUUGCUUUUCAUUGUUUUUGUUUUUCUGAUUCAUGUUGUUAUUGAAGAGAGGAUAUCAUUAUCCAAAGUCUUAUUUGUUCACGUGGCCACAGUUUUGUAGAGUCAUUAUAGCGACUGGAGAGCAGUUUGCAGUAACCACACUAGUUAGGAUGAACUUUUUUUUGUUUUUUUUCCUUUUUUAGUAGUUCUUUAUUUGUCACACAAGAGUAGCAGUCCAGUAGAAGGAAAAUUCAAGAACAUUGUGGUCGUUUGUGUCAAUAGUUUCAUUUUUUGUAAAAAGAAAAAAAAAAAAACAACAAAAAAAGCACCUACACUGAACCAAACAGGCUGAUUUCUUUAUUUUGAUCAGACAUCAAUCAAACACCUACUCUAUGUAUUUAUACAUAUCAUGAGAAAGUGCAAUAAGAGCUAAUUGAUUCUCUUCCACAGCUGUCCUUCACUCCAAGACUUCCAAUCACAGCUUGCAAAAGUGUCAGGGAAUCUGCAGGUUCAUAGGAAAAUGUCAGCUCAGUUUGAGGCCCCAAGAAGACGAAUCAAACUCUUUACCCUCCCAAACCCAGAGAAAAGUUUGUACAAUAUGCAAUCCACGUCUUGGCUGGUUUAAAAGACUUUUAAACUUAAGGUUAUGCAUUCACAGUUUGACAGCUUUGUCUGAUUUUUAUGUUGUUUGUUUCUGUUUUAAUUUGGACUUUGAACAAAGGACUUAAAAAAAUAUUCUUUUAAGGGCCUUUUUUAUGAGUUUUUCUGAAACCUGCAUCUACACUGUUUCAACCAAAUAUCUAUCGACUUGAUUAGUUUUGUGCUUUUUGUCAUGUGAUCAUUUACAUGCCACACUGUUAAAUCUCGAAUUUGUUUUUCUUGUUUCUGACCAAACAGUGUCUGAGAGAAUGCAGCGUGAAGCCUGAAAUACAUAAACGUGGAGUUGAGAAACUUUCAUUGUUAAACCCAAAACAAUUACAUAAAUAACAAGAACUGAUGUAAGUGUGAAUAUAGCGACCAGAUGAUAAUAAUAUUGAAGCAUUAUUUUAUUUAUUUUAUUUUUCUUAUCUUUUUAACAGUUGAUUAACUACUAGCUGGUAUGUUAAGGGGAUGUAUAGAAUUUUAGAUGUGAACCAUUUUGACAAUGAAGUGACAAAAUGGCCGACCUGCUGUAUAUACUCGCAGUGGCACAGUACAUAGAGACAUAGAGGAUUUCUGUUUUUAGCAUGGACUGAUGAUGUGUGCGUCUGUCAGGCAGACGUGUGGGUAAAUGAAGUAUCUGAUGUACUGUUGUAAAAUAAAUGUUUCUGAUGCUUCAGA